AUGACCACUCCGAUGACAUAUCCAGUUAAAAUCUUGCUUACUUCCGUCUUACACAUUUCAUGUUUUUAUUUCCUUUCUAAUUUUUAUCUUUCUUUCUUUCUUUAUUCAUUUAUCUCUCUCUCUAUUCUUUCGUUAUUUUUUCUUUAUUUCCUUCUUUCUUUCCUUCUUUCUUUCUUUCUUUCUUUCUUUCUUUCUUUCUUUCUUUCUUUCUUUCUUUCGGUCUUUUCUUUCUUUAUUAUUUUAAUCCAUUUUCUUUAUUCCUGCUCUCUCUUUCUUCAUAUUUGUUGUUUCUUUUUUUCUUUUGCAUUAUAUUCCCUCUCUGUUUUCUUUGUCCUUUUCUUUCUUUCUUUCUUUCUUUCUUUCUUUCUUUCUUUCUUUCUUUCUUUCUUUCUUUUUUUCUUUCUUUCUUUCGUUCUUUUCUUUCUUUAUUAUUUUAAUCCAUUUUCUUUAUUCCUGCUCUCUCUUUCUUCAUAUUUGUUGUUUCUUUUUUUCUUUUGCAUUAUAUUCCCGCUCUGUUUUCUUUGUCCUUUUCUUUCUUUCUUUCUUUCUUUCUUUCUUUCUUUAUUUCUUUCUUUCUUUCUUUCUUUCUUUCUUUCUUUCUUUCGUUCGUUCUUUUCUUUCUUUAUUAUUUUAAUCCAUUUUCUUUAUUCCUGCUCUCUCUUUCUUCAUAUUUGUUGUUUCUUUUUUUCUUUUGCAUUAUAUUCCCUCUCUGUUUUCUUUGUCCUUUUCUUUCUUUCUUUCUUUCUUUCUUUCUUUCUUUCUUUCUUUCUUUCUUUCUUUCUUUCGUUCUUUUCUUUCUUUAUUAUUUUAAUCCAUUUUCUUUAUUCCUGCACUCUCUUUCUUCAUAUUUGUUGUUUCUUUUUUUCUUUUGCAUUAUAUUCCCGCUCUGUUUUCUUUGUCCUUUUCUUUCUUUCUUCUUUUAAUUCUCGUUUUGCAUUCCUCUUUUUACCCCCUCUUUUCAUCCUCUUACACAAUUCCCUUCCUUUCUCUCAUUUUUUUCCUCUCACUUCAAGUUCGCCUCUUUCUUUCUUUCUUUCUUUCUUUCUUUCUUUUUCUUUCUUUCUUGUUGUUGUUCUUUUAUUUAUCAUAUUUCAUUUGGAAUUUUUUUUUCAUCUAACCCACCUUUGUUCGCCUUUUCUUUUUUUCAUUGUCGCCUGUUUUUGGAAUGGGCAAAGAAUGCAAAUACCCCAACCACUAGAGCAAGCUCUCACACACACUUAUCUAUCUAUCUAUCUAUCUAUCUAUCUAUCUAUCUAUCUAUCUAUCUAUCUAUCUAUCUAUCUAUACUUAAAGAUGAUCAAAUAUGGACUGGAAUCAAACAGGAUUCCAGUUCAUAUUUGA